CGGGGGCGUUCUGGUCGGGGAGGCGUGGCUGGACCCGGGGUGGACCGCGGGUCAGGACUGCUCGGUCGCCUCCUGACCGGCGCGCGCCCAGACCAUGUCGCCUGAAGAAUGGACGUAUCUAGUGGUCCUUCUUAUCUCCAUCCCCAUUGGUUUCCUCUUUAAGAAAGCUGGACCUGGGCUGAAGAGAUGGGGGGCAGCAGCUGUGGGCCUGGGGCUCACCUUGUUCACCUGUGGCCCCCACACUUUGCAUUCUCUGAUCACCAUUCUUGGGACCUGGGCGCUCAUUCAGGCCCAGCCCUGCUCCUGCCACGCCCUGGCCCUAGCCUGGACCUUCUCCUACCUCCUGUUCUUCCGUGCGCUUAGCCUACUGGGCCUGCCCACUCCCACGCCCUUCACCAAUGCCGUCCAGCUGCUGCUGACACUGAAGCUGGUGAGUCUGGCCAGUGAAGUACAGGACCUGCACCUGGCCCAGAGGAAGGAAAUGGCCUCUGGCUUCAGCAAGGGGCCCAGCCUGGGGCUGCUGCCUGACGUUCCCUCUCUGAUGGAGACACUCAGCUACAGCUACUGCUACGUGGGAAUCAUGACAGGCCCGUUCUUCCGCUACCGCACGUACCUGGACUGGCUGGAGCAGCCCUUCCCCGGGGCCGUGCCCAGCCUGCGGCCCCUGCUGCGCCGCGCCUGGCCGGCCCCACUCUUCGGGCUGCUCUUUCUGCUGUCCUCGCACCUCUUCCCGCUGGAGGCCGUGCGCGAGGACGCCUUCUACGCCCGCCCGCUGCCCGCCCGCCUCUUCUACAUGAUCCCCGUCUUCUUCGCCUUCCGCAUGCGCUUCUACGUGGCCUGGAUUGCCGCCGAGUGCGGCUGCAUUGCCGCCGGCUUCGGGGCCUACCCCGUGGCUGCCAAAGCCCGGGCCGGGGGCGGCCCCACUCUCCAAUGCCCACCCCCCAGCAGUCCGGAGAACGCGGCUUCCCUGGAAUACGACUAUGAGACCAUCCGCAACAUCGACUGCUAUGGCACAGACUUCUGCGUGCGGGUGCGGGAGGGCAUGCGGCACUGGAACAAGACGGUGCAGUGGUGGCUGGCGCAGUACAUCUACAAGAGCGCCCCUGCCCACUCCUACGUCCUCAGGAGCGCCUGGACCAUGCUGCUGAGCGCCUACUGGCACGGCCUCCACCCUGGCUACUACCUAAGCUUCCUGACCAUCCCGCUGUGCCUGGCGGCUGAGGGCCAGUUGGAGUCGGCCCUGCGAGGGCGGCUCAGCCCCCAGGGCCAGAAGGUCUGGAACUGCGUGCACUGGUUCCUGAAGAUGCGAGCCUACGACUACAUGUGCAUGGGCUUUGUGCUGCUCUCGCUGGGCGACACCCUCCGGUAUUGGGCCUCUGUCUACUUCUGCAUCCACGUCCUGGCCCUGGUGGCCCUGGGGCUGGGGCUGGCUUUGGGUGGGGGCAGCCCCAGCAGGAGGAAGAGGGCGUCCCAGGGCACCAGCCUUGCCCCAGAAAAGCUCCGGGAGGAGUAAGCUGCCACAGCACUCCCUCCCUCAAAAGCCACUAAGCUUUUGCCUAGGAAUUCUGUGAACCAGGCUGCUGUCUCCUUUCCCAGAGAGUCUUUAAUUUGGCCAGGGGCCUGGGGCGGAUUCUGCUCCCCUAGCUCAUGAAGCAUGGCAGGGGGCUCUGCUGGCUUCCCUGCCCUCUGCGUCUUGAGGUCUGCAGAAUGUCAGUCUUCCCUCCUGUCAAAUCAAGAUGUCCGGGCAAGAAUCUCCCUUUGUCCCUGCCACAGCCUCCAGGUGUUCAGAGAGCUGUGCUUCCCCGAACAGCGGGGGCUGACGGGCGACCUGUUUUCCUGGGCAAAUUCCCUUUGGAUCUGCAGGGCGGGUGUAGGAGCUUCAGGGCAGGUUCUGGGAGUGGGGGACCUCUUCCUUGUGGCUUUCACUCUCUUUUAUCUCAUCAAACCAGUGUUUCAGAGCUGGAAAGGAACAAAACCGUCUUGUUUCAUAAAGGGGAUACUGAGGCACAGGGGAGCAGCCCUUUGGACUGUGGUUCUUGCAGCUUCCAUCUGAGCCACCUCAGGGUCCCAGCACACCUGUCACCCUCUUGUCAUCCUUUGGCCUAAGACAGGGUCUGAAUAUGUAAAUCUCUCCCAAUAAAGUGUUGCACAAAGA